AUGAAGCGCUCUGCCCACGUUGCCGGCAUCGCGAACAUCCAAAAUGGCAUCAUCAGCCUCCAGCUCGAGAACCUGUCCAUUCGGCCUUCUCCCGCAGUGGGACUCAAAGGCGACUGGAACCCAACGGCCGAGGCCGCUUUGCAGGUGUGGUUGAGCUCGCCCAAAAAGGGCUUCAAACAGCAGGCCGAUGAGAGGACUUUGGCCAUCACGGACGCGCCAGCUACCUCAACACUGGCUAUCGUAGACACCCCAGACACAAAGAACUUGGCCAUUCGGGAGACCCCGGACCCCAAGACUUCGACGACUGUGGACAAUAACAAGGACAACACAAACGACGACGGCGCUGCCCCUGCAUCCUCUUCGGGCUCUUCGUCCUCCUCCAGUUCGUCAGGGUCAGACUCAUCCAUGCCUAAGACCAAGAGGGGCUUGCGUGCACGUGUAAAAAAACUGGAGGCGACGAACUCCCAGUUGAAAGCCGCUCUCGAAGAGACUACAGAGGAUCUCUUCUGGGCUAAUGAGGCUCUGAGGGUUCAAGUUCCAUCCUGUCCGUUCUCGCAGUCCUCUCACUCGCCUGCCAUGUCCGUGUGGUCCGCCAAGCCGCCGGCCGACUUCACUCAGGCAUGUCUGCUUGCGGCUCCAUUGGAUUUUCGCGCCCUCGACGCCCCGGUGAUCCAUGCACGAACCUCGGAGCUUGGCAGCUUUGACAUGCUACCGCUCAAAGCAGCAACGCAUUCCACUUCGGUAAAGUCCUUGGUUGAGCUUGUCAAACCGAUGUCUGCGGGGGACUUUGAUUUCGGACACCUUCAUCACCUCAUAUCCACCGCCAAGUAUGAGGACCUUCCCGGCCCUUGUCUGUGA